UAGGAAAAUGGCGCAGUAAUCGGAUCAAGAAUUGUCCACCGACAACAAGCGGGACAAUAAAAAAGAAAAAAGUCACUAAAAACCAGUUUUAAACAAAAACAUUGGCUAUUUGAAGAGUCUUACGCGUGCCGUGGAGCCUCGGGCCUUGACCACUAUUCCCGCUGAUAACAUAGAACUCGCGCUUUUAGUUUGUUUUGUCUCUUGCAGGCACCACAGCGAUACGGAAGCAACAAUUGAACCAUCUAGAAAUCCUCCGUUCCCACACAACACAUAUUUGAAUUCCGAAUCGCAUGCGAGUGUUUGCUAUUGUUUUGCAUCUGUUCCUAGGCCCUAGUCCGGAUUAUUCGAUUUGCGGAUUAAGCGCCGCCCACUCAGUCACUUAAAAGCCAGCCGAAUUAAACGCGCCAGAUUGAACAAACAAAAACAGAAGCCGAAGCCCCGAGACCAGACCACAUCGUGCCAUAUUUAUCUGAGCACAUAUACGUGAUUACGUGAUUAGCGCGGUGGGGGCUGCGAUUUGUCAAUAGCAAGAGCAAUCCAAAGCAGCAACAAUGGUUUCCUACUUCGUUCCUCGUGGCCGCUUCCUGCUGAAGGCCGGCAAUCUCAGACAGGUGGUGCAGCAGCAGCACCAGCCGACGCAACUCCAGCUGCUGACAACCAAAGGACCCCAGCCGCAGGCACAAAACGCUAGUUUGCCCACGGCCCGACACUUCCGGCAGUUCGCUACAAACUCUGCCAAGGAUGCACAACUCCACCAUCGCCGCCCGCAUAAACAACCCCCCAAUUCUGGCCAGGAGUUGGUCCAGCUCCGGCGCAACUUAAUCUCACGCUGGACUAGCUUCCUGCUGCGCUGGGCGCCCAUGGGCAUUUGUGUCUUCGGCGCCAUCGAGUGGCAGCUGCAGAAGCAGCGCUGCGACCGGAGCGGCCAGCCCCGUACCGCGUCCGAGCUCCAGUCGCGCAUCUACUGCUCCCUGCCGCUACGGAUCAUCAGUCGCUGUUGGGGCUGGCUGGCCGCUUGCUACUUGCCACCGAGUCUGCGUCCAUACGUAUACGGCUGGUAUUCCAAUACGUACAAUGUGAAUCUGAGUGAGGCUCUGUAUCCGGAGUAUGAGCAUUACAACAGUCUGGCCGAGUUCUUCACUAGGCCACUUCGGGAGGGUGUCCGGCCGAUCGAUAAGCACGCUCCUUUGGUCUCGCCCGCCGAUGGCAAGGUUCUGCACUUUGGCAGUGCCUCGGAUUCGCUGAUCGAACAGGUCAAAGGCGUGAGCUACAGCAUCGAGGACUUCCUGGGACCACUGCAGACUGUCGAAGAGGCUAAAUCAGGUGUUUCUUAUGCAGAGGCCCUGAAAAAGAAGAGCGACGAGUCCACGGAGCUCUACCAGUGCGUGAUAUACCUGGCCCCUGGAGAUUACCACCGAUUCCACUCACCUGCCGCUUGGGAGCCCACCAUCCGUCGUCAUUUCUCCGGCGAAUUGCUCUCUGUAAGUCCCAAAGUAGCCGGAUGGCUGCCUGGUCUCUUCUGCCUUAACGAACGUGUACUGUACAUGGGCCAGUGGAGGCACGGAUUCUUCUCCUACACCGCUGUCGGAGCCACGAACGUGGGAUCCGUCGAAAUCUUCAUAGAUGCCGAUCUCAAGACGAACCGCUGGAAUGGUCUUAAAGUUGGCAAACAUCCGCGCAGCACCUACGAGUAUGACGAACUGGUCCUCGACAAGGAACCCAAAACGGCGCCUAAGUUUGACAAAGGCGACCUGGUUGGACAGUUCAACAUGGGCAGCACCAUUGUCCUGCUUUUCGAGGCCCCCAAGAACUUCAAGUUUGACAUCGUCGCUGGCCAAAAGAUCCGCGUGGGCGAGUCACUCGGCCACAUCGCUGGCUCAAAAUGAAAAAAGGUGAAAGAGCCAAAAUCCUGUACCGAAUCAGUGCAAAGUCCUGUCACCCAUCCGUUCACAUCACUCGUUGUAUUAGCAUUAGACGCUCGGGUCCUAGGCAAAUGUAUUUUGUGAACAUCCUGCGAAGCUAACACUGUGUAUUGUUGCCAUUUUUGUAGUCGUAAGAUUUAUAUUUUAUACAAUAAAACGUCGAAAUAUCUUUGAGAAAAA